AGAUUUUCAAAUAUUGUCCUUAUCCUGACAAACCAUACAUCAAUGGAAAGCUUAUUUAUUCAGCUUUCAUGUGCUGUAUAAAUCCCUUAUGACUGGUUCUGUGGUCCAGGGUCACAUACGUGGAAUUAUGGUUUAAUCUUUAUUAAUCUUUGUGUUGCAGAGUUCAACGGGUGCUGAAUGACCCAUAAAGCUCAUUUAUAUUUCCCGCGUCUCUUUGACACGUAGGGGAAACGUCACGGCGAGAGAUCAGCACCUUGGACAGCGGCGCCCGUCAAAAAUCAGCAUACUUGGAAUCUCCCACGGGAGAAUCGAGCAGGAGCGCGCACGGCAGCGAGACGUUUGUAAAUGAAUCAUUUUGAUUGGGCGAGAGCGCGCCUUGGAAACAAGGGCCGUGUGUUGAUGCGCACGGCAGAACGUCCAUUUCGAGGAUGAAUCAGAGGGGAGCAGCAUCAGCAUCCCCAUCACAUUACGAUCCACAGCAUCAGCCGCUCCGACUGCCUAUCACACCCUGCGAAGAAGGAGAAUAGGCGAAUCUGCGCACGGUGCCUUUUAUUUUUCCUUUCUGGAAGCUCCAUCUUCCUUUGAACGUGAACGUGGCGAGGAACCAUAUCGGGCCGGGAGGGGGAUGGUGAUGAACUUCAAAUGGAGACAAGAUGCUGGCAUUUCCCCCCUGCUCCUCAGCCAAAACUGCCAUUAUUAGUGUUGUUUUUAAGACACCAACCUAAUGGAUUCUUCUGAGCUCCGUGUUUGUGUUUGGGAUGGGAGGUGGCGUUGGAAUAUGUCGAUGGGGAGAUGCACAAGGAAAUGAUGUGAAAGCUUCGUCAUGAUGCCUCUGAUGAACAAUAAACAAAACUAUAGGAUUGCACCUGAAUCUAACUUCCAGCUCUUUGGGAUUAUGUUUUUAUGCUGAAGGAUGACUGUGUGGUGACUGUAUGACUGUAUGUGGCAGCGAUGCUCUGAAAUGCCAUUUUGCAUCUUCCUCGUCUCUCAUCCGUGCGUCCAGGUUUUGGAUGGCUGGGAGUUUAUGAAAAUUGCAUCUCUUUAGAGCUGGAACAAUGCAUUGCUGGCUAUUUAUUGCAAUACCAUAGGCUUUUUAUUGUCAUCCUCGCGACCUAUGAUGAUUGUAACAGCAUCUGGAGAAACAACAUCGGCCCUAACAGGCACAUACAUGCCAUCAGACGGAAAAUAACAAGCCCAGAGAUUUUUCUGACCAAUUGCCUUUGGUUUGGACACUUUCCUCUGAGGCUUUAGGGUAGCAACUGCAUUUCUGCCGAAUAAAAUAUUAACAAUAGGCCUAAACGAAUCAAUAACAACAAUAAUUAUUAUAACAAUACUACUAAUAAAAACAACAACAACAAUAAUGCAUAAUAACAAUAUAUAAAUAAAAAAUAACAACAAUAAUAUAAUCAUUAUAUAUAACAAUAAACAUACAUAUUCAUUUUCGUAAACAAUUAACAGACAAUUUCGUUUCAGCCAUACAACACACACAUGUAGUCAAACAUGUUCAAGAACCGGAUCCGCAUGUUUUUUAACGAACUGAAGGUGCUGGUUUUCAUGCGAUCCGGUUCUAGACGGUCCGACAGUGACGCAGAGCCGAACAGACGGUCCGACAGAAUGAGGGGGCUCGGGAUGGGCGGCUGCGGAUGGCCGCCCUUCGUUGACUGCUCCAGCCGCGAUGAUGAGGAAGAAUACUACGGGAGCGACCCCAGGCCCAGGAGCCUGGCGUUUGAGGAGAAAGACCCGAAACUGCAGGCGGGCCUGGACGCGGUCAGCCUCUCCAGCAGCACGGCCAGCGGCAUGAGAACACCCCAGUGUCGAAUCUGCUUCCAAGGGCCCGAGCAGGGGGAGCUGUUGAGCCCAUGCCGCUGCGACGGCUCCGUGCGCUGCACCCACCAGCCCUGCCUGAUCCGCUGGAUCAGUGAGCGAGGCUCCUGGAGCUGUGAGCUCUGCUACUUCAAGUACCAAGUCCUGGCCAUCAGCACCAAGAACCCGCUGCAGUGGCAGGCGAUUUCUCUGACGGUGAUUGAGAAGGUGCAGAUCGCCGCCAUUAUCCUGGGCUCGCUCUUCCUCAUCGCCAGUAUCUCGUGGCUGGUGUGGUCUUCUCUCAGCCCGUCUGCCAAGUGGCAGCGCCAGGACCUGCUCUUCCAGAUCUGCUACGGCAUGUACGGCUUCAUGGACAUCGUGUGCAUAGGCCUUAUAAUCCACGAGGGCUCAUCUGUGUAUAGAAUCUUCAAGCGAUGGCAGGCUGUAAACCAGCAGUGGAAAGUAUUGAACUAUGAGAAGUCGAAGGACUUGGGAGACCCGGUGAGCUCCAGCAGUAAGGCAGGUGGCCGCGGCUCACGCAGCAACCCGCACGGCCUGGCCAGCGGCAGCAGGGGGGGCCAGCGAGUGCGCAGGUUAAGGACUAUCCUCAACCACCACUGCGGCUACACCAUCCUCCACAUCCUCAGCCAGCUGCGGCCCAGCGACCCGCGGCUCGGGACCGCCACCAACCGCGAGGUGGUCAUGCGGGUCACGACCGUAUGAGGUCGGACCGGAGAGGGGGAAAAAGACGCCACCGCAUUUCAGGCUCCAAGCGCCUUUGCCUGUGAAAGACAGUCUCGCGAUGCCAGGAUGAUUGCGAUUUUUCCUUGCAUAACGACUUUUUAAACGGACAGGAAUGCACACGGGAGCGCGACGAACAAUGCGUAAGACAUUGGCGCCAUUCAUUCCUGGAGUUUCUAUUGGCGAGACUCUCAUGACUCUCUAGCACACUAUUGCAUUUUUAGUUCAAUUUCCUCGCUGGUGUUGUUUUUUUAUCGAUGCGGUUUUUAAAACUUUUUGAUUUUCUAAGGGAGAAUGGUACAUGAAGUGACACCGACGUGUGAUGUAUAUGGUGACUCAUAUGGACCUAUUGUAAAUGAUGUUUACGGAUGCUUCUGACGCAGCAAGAAAGCCAACCAUAACCAAACGAUCACGACACAAUAACCAGGGAAACGAGAUACGAAUUGUUACAUACUAAAAUAUAUCAAAGGGGAGGGUGCAAUAAAGACAUCAUAAGAUUAUACAGAGAAUAAAAAGACGUAAACAUUUAAAAGAAUUUGAUCUUCUCUGCAAUAAAGAUACCUGUACAUUUUACAGUGACCUUUGCAUGAGGGUAGAGUUUUAUGCCUCCUCGACACAUGGACAUGAUGAAUUUGUUUUAUUCAGAAUGGUGCUCGUUUGAAUAAACACUACUAUUCAUCUGCUGUUUGUGAAAUGCA